AUUCUGGGGGAUUGGCCAAUAUACUUUAUUCUUCUAGACUGAAAAGUCAUAGUUAAAACGUGUUUUUCCUCUUCAUUUCGAUGACAACUAACCCACAACAGUUACCGUUAGUGGCGUUACACGUUUUUGAAAAAAACGAAAAUCACGACACGGUUAUACUUUCGUUUUGUUUUCAACGAAAACACGGAAGCAGGUCGUUUUGCAGACGUGAAAGCCUAAGGUACAGAACAUGUUGUAUUUCCUAUUGUGUCACAAAGUUGUCGUGUUCAACUAUAGAUUAGGAUUCCACCUUUCUUUGAAGUCCACUUUUUACAAUUGAAAUGGAUGAGGGAAAUGAAUGCAGUUUUUGUGGCCUGCGAUCCCCGGAUUUACAAAGGUGUAGUCGUUGUAAAGGAGAAUGGUACUGUUCUAGGGACUGUCAGAGAAAACAUUGGAAAGGGGGUCACAAGACGACAUGUCUGACAGGGACCGGUGAGGCAAAUAAAAUGGAUGAAGGAAAUGAAUGCAGUUUUUGUGGCCUGCGAUCCCUGGAUUUACAAAGGUGUAGUCGUUGUAAGGGAGAAUGGUACUGUUCUAGGGACUGUCAGAGAAAACAUUGGAAAGGGGGUCACAAGACGACAUGUCUGACAGGGGCGGCAUAUCCCAUUGGGCGGAAAUACACAGAGGAGUGCCGAGUAUGUGGAAAUUUGGAAAAUAGCCGACUGUGCACUGGCUGUUGGAAGACUUGGUAUUGCUCCUCGGCGUGUCAGGGUCGGGACUGGCCCACACACAGACAGGAAUGCGGAGUGACAGAGGAAGGCAGGGAUGUUGAGGCUGACUGGGAGGAUAGUCUGCAGACGGAAUUCUGUCCAGAUAGGUGUAAAGACACGUGUCAUUUCUGUGGUAAACCAUCAGAUCAGCUAAAGAAAUGUUCAGGAUGCAGUGCGGUAUUAUACUGCUCUAGAAAAUGUCAACGUAGUGAUUGGACUCGGAGACACAAAACCGAAUGUUCAAAGACCAUAGAUGUAGAUAGUGGUAUUGACAAUGAACUUGAGGAGAGGGAGGCUAUCUAUGACCGAGCUGCAGAUUUUGAGAAAGAUGCUGAUAAAAUCACACGAGAAACGUGCUCUUUGUGUGGAGUAGAAGGUCAAAUGAAGACAUGCAACAGAUGUAGAAAACAGAAGUACUGCUCGGAGAAAUGUCAGAAAAAGGACUGGAAAAGGCAUAAAUCCGAAUGUUCAAAAGCAGAUAUUGCAGAGGAACUAUCACCCAUAUGUGCACACUGUAAAUGUAAAAACAAUUCUCUUGUGUGUUCGCAAUGUAGAGCAGUUUAUUAUUGCUCCCAAUCUUGCCAGUCGUCGGAUUGGAAGAAGCACAAAAUGUCCUGUAGAGGCGGUAGAUUGCAGACGACAGUCAGAGAGACUCUGAGCGACAUGGAUUGCUAUAUUAUGGGUCUUGUUAAACCCGAAGAACAAGGAGGGAGAAACCGAAAUGAUAUAAUUUUUUCACCAGAAGAAAUAAAAAAGUAUACCGAGUUUUCAUGUAAUCGAUGUAAAUCGGCAGCCGGAAAUGUCUUGUGUCCAAACUGUAGGUCGGUUGUGUACUGUUCAGAAAUUUGUAGAGAGUUGGAUAAAUCAAAGCACAGUACAAUGUGUACAAAUUUGCAAAUGCUGAUCCCAAUUUCGGAACAAAAAAUUUUUUUUACGAUCGGAGGAGACAUCGGAAGUAAGGGCUCUAAAGGAACAAUGGUGUCUUCACCUUCUCAUGCCCAAUUGUCCUUGCAAGGUAAUCCAGCAUUUUUUGCAGAUGGUGCAGAUAUGAAUUUGAUUAUUGAAAGAACUGCCAACGCAUGCGCAAAAGCGAUAGAAAAAACCAAGAGGGAGUUUGCUCGUUAUACUCUGAUAACCCGAGUUAAAGAAAUCCCUGUUGAACAGAAAGGUCCUUUUGCCUCCAACAUUUGUGCUAUUCCAAAUGUGUUCUUAGCAUACAUCAGGAGGUUUCAUUCCUACAGGGGCCGCCAUAAUGUGUUCUUACAGGAUUCUGAGAGACGAGAGAUUUACGUCAGUUUCUACCUCCCAAACGACGAUCCAACGCCAUACUUCAAGUGGGAAGACAUAGUUCCUGGGAAAUUCAUCGCCAUUUUGUUUCCCUGCAUUCAUUUUUUCGCCGAUUCCACGGUCGGUCUUCGGGUCGACAAAGCUAAACACGUCUACUGUUUUGAUGUACAAGACUAAAAAGAACUGUUUUGAUUUAAAGAACAUGAUUGAAAUUUAAUAAACUCUGAAAGAGUGCUUAUAUUAAUAGUAUUUCAACCUAUCAGUACUCUCAAUACUUUGAUUAUGAUAUGAAUAAUUCGUGCUAAUGUGGAAGUCCUCUUUAGAUAGGAGAUGCAUGUGAUGUAGAUCAUAUUGUAUUAAAUCAUAUACUGUAUGUGGACUUAUUUUAGCGUAUUUAAAAUUUGGCACAGUCAGAGUUAAUGCACAAAUUGGUGUAAUCAUGAUUUUGCGCUUUUUCUCUGCGAGAUAAAUAAAAGCCUACAUUGACAAUCUU